UUAGCGAGAAGAAAAGCAGAAUAUGUAUCUCUCAGAAACACGUCAAUCCCUCAACAGAUACUCCAGAAGCUGUCCUAGUUACCACUCCAACAACCAUGGAGAAUGCAUAAAUGCAUCUCUGUUAUUUCAAAGAAUAAACACACUAGAAAAUACUUUGGCGUCGUCGAGCUGUCGCCGCAUAUAUUACAAGAAAAUCAGAUCAGAUAACUUUUCCAAAGUGAAUGAAUGUGGAUUGUUUGAUUGAAAAUGAUUAAUUGGUGCGUGGUAGAGGGUAUUUUCUGUGGGGACAUUACAAGAGGACUGUCAACAUGCCUACGAGAGGCUGAAAGAAGCUUUAUUAUCAAGUCCGACAUUAGUGUUCCCAGAUUUCAGUGAGCAAUUUAUUCUGUCAUGUGAUGCAUCCAACCAUGCACAUGGAUGUGUGUUGUCUCAAGAAAUAGAGGGCAUGGUGCACUCGUAGCCUACACAUCAAGGCAGGUGAACUCAGCAGAGAGGAAUUACUCCAUGAUGGAAAAAGAGAUAUUGAGCCUUUUCUACAGAAUCACCCACGUGUUACCUCUACAGGAAAAUUUUUUGAGUGAUAACAUACUGUUCAGUGUUGAAAUAAUUGCUGGGAAUGAAUGACCCAUCUAGUAGGUUGACAUGGGUGGUAAGACUGGGUGAGUUUGAUUCUGAGACCGUACAUAAGCCUGGAAGGAAACAUAGGAAUGCCUUAAGUAGGGAAGUAGCAGUGUUGCAAAUUGGUGGUAAUGAGUUUAAGGAAUGGCAGACACUGCAGAAGAUGGGUGACGAGUGUAGUAAACAAUCACAGUUUUCUAUGCACGAUGUGUUGCUGUACAGAGAAACCAAAUUGGGGUCGCAAGUAAUAGUGCCAGCAAAGCUGCAGAAUAGAGUGCUACAAGUAACACAUGAACAUGCCCUAGGAAGUCAUGGAUUAUGUAGGUCUCCCAACAGGAGAGCAGCGGAGAGGAAUUGGUUGAAGAAUAGGAAGGAGGACAGGAACCAGUAUGUGGGGAAUUGCAUACCAUGUGCGCAGAGAGCAGAUUUGUGUUGAAUGAGAGUACCAUUGCAGAAAUUACCAUUUGAAUUUCUUGGGAUUGAGGUUUUGGUCCUUUCAACAUAACACCUUUACUGAAUAAGUAUGAACUCACAAUUAUAGAGCAUUUUUUGAGAUAUUUGGAAACGAUCAGUGUCAAACCAGCAGGCAGCAACCGUGGCACAAGUGUUAGUAAACAAUUGGAUACUGAAGUUCAGGGAACCUGAAGUGAUGAUAAUGGUUCAGGGAAGCAACUUCGUCAGAUCUGUUCAAGGGAUUAUGUAAGCAGUUAUGUGUCAAGAAACUGAGGACAAAUCCACUACAUCCUCAAGAUAAUGGAGAACCGAAAGGGUCCAUAGAACUGUAGAAAUUAUGCUAGGACACUAUGUGGAUGCAUACCAUACCAAUUGAGAUGUCUGUUUAAGGUAUGUGGUCUCCGUGUAUAACUCAAAACGACACACAAAAAUCAGGGUUGUUGUCAUAUGAGGCAGUAGUGCUGUUCGACAUGUUGAAAAGUAAGAAGGGGAAGACAGGAGAAUCUGUUAAUGAGUUUUCAAGGAUGUUAAGAGAAAUUUGUAACGGGAUGUGCAGUGCGAAUACAUGGGCACUGGAAAAGCAAGAGGAAGCAGUCAGCCAGAAGCAAGAACACUGCGUUACAAGGUGUCAAUGAGUGAUGCUAUUGUCUUCAUACUCUCUACAGGGGAAGACAAAGGAAUAUUUUAUGAAGUAUCAACAACCAUAUCAAAUAGUGGGAACUACAGCAUUAGUAAACGGCAAGAUUCAGUUGCUGGUGAGAAUAACAAUUGUGGGAUGUUUGAAACCUUUUCGAGGUAGUCUGUAGAUUUUCCCAGCAACUGGAGGAGCAGACUGGAAAGGGAAACUGAAAAAGAAGGUGCAGAGCAGCAAACAAGAGAUUGUAGGCAAAGCAAUGGUACGAAGCCUGUGUGGGUUAAGACCUCGGAGAUCAGAAUAAGUGAAUGUUUCUAUUAGAUGUAGGUGUAGUAUAAGCAAAGAGAGCGGCAGUGGAUUUUAGGGGGAGAAAAGGGUAAUACGAGGUGAGAUUGGAAAGUUUUAAGAAUGGAUACACUACAGCUUACUGGUAUGGCGGGCAGGUACACAGGGGGUGGCGAGUGAGUCAUUUCCUUAUCCUUGGAUUCCCUCUGACCGGAAACUGCGUUUCCUUUAUUCAGUUUAUUGAGGCAGCUGGUUGAAUGCGGGUCUUUUAGGGCUUGUUGCUGGAUUCUGUCUGCGUGAAAAUGGACAUAAAAACGGAGCAACGAGAUUGUGUGAAAUUUUGUUUUAAAACUGGGAAAUCAUCUUCUGAGACUUACAAACUAUUAAAAACAGCUUUUGGAGAUAAUUGAAGGGCUUGGAGAGAUAUAGUCAUAAGCCACAACUUUCACGAAAUUGAGUUUUUCAUGUUGCGGCAUUCUUAACAAUGUCUUCUUCACAAUGAGUUGAAAAAGUUCAGUGUUACUGCAACAGAUGGCAGACUAUGACGGAGUGCAGUUCUAUGCUGUGCCAUUUGGUGGUAGUUUCAGAAGUUACACAGUCACAAGCCACGGCAAAAUGGCGGGUGGGUCAGGAACGUCUGAAGCGUCUUCGGGCCUUCAACGAAUAUUUGACACAGACAGUACUGGAAGUGAAGAGCUUUACCCUUUGGAUCCUGACAGUGAUGAAUCUUGGCAUCCAUUCACCAGCAGUUCCAGCUCAGAUGAUGUUUCGGUAAGGAAAUAAAACGGUUAAUUUCUGGUGAUUAAUUUCCUGUGGCUUGUGACUUUGUUUCUCUCAACAUUGGCAACGCAUUUGACAGCCAUCUUGUGUGUUAAUGAUGAAACUUGAUGGGCACAUUUAUAUUACUGCUUAAUGGUGCAAUAAUGUAGUUUCAAAGGCAAAAGAUGUGUAAAAAAUAUUUUCUCAUUAAUGUGAUUUUAGCGAAAUUUAAUGUUUUGUGAGGCUUAUGACUAUAUCUCACGCAAAUUCUUAGACCAUUUUGCUCUUCAUGUUAUACCUUGAAAUAAGUAGAAUAAAUGAAGAAUCACCCGAAGAACCAAAGCCUUCACGGAAAAGAAAGCGAAAUAUUGAUCAGUGGAAGAAAAAUAAAGUAGAACGUCGACGAAAUGCUGGUCAGCAUUAUAAGUCCUUAAAAACCCACAAGACUGUUCAGGCUGGUACUAUAGGAAGUCCCUGUACUUGUUCAAAUAAUGCUUCACAAAACUGCUUGCAGAGGAAGAAAACAUUUUUCAUUCAUUUUGGGACAAAAGAAACUUUAAUGCCCCGAAUACUUACCUGAUGAGCUGUAUGAAAAUGGAACCGAAAAAGUGGAGGUUUGUUUACUAUUUGAAUACAAAUGGUUUAAUAUUUUGUACAUUUAUUUCAUUUUGUUGUAUUUGUCAUAAUUUCUUUCAAAGCUAUCCAAAAAAGACUUCCAAGAAAAUAUCAUCCAGGGAUGUUACAUUUUCUUAUAAUGUGGGGGUAUGCGAAAUAGAAGUCAUGAACUGCCAGGAAGCUUUCCUAAGGGUUCAUGGCUUACAGAUACAUGCACGAAAAGUGAGGAAUUUUCAACAUCAAAUGAAGCAGGGAUUUGCAGUGCCAAAAGAAGAUGGGAGAGGAGAACUUGGAAACUACCCAUAUAAAUUUCAAGACGAAGCUGUACAAAGUGUUAGAGAACUUCUCAACGCCAUACCGAAAUAUAACAGUCAUUACAGUAGGCAACAGAACCCCAAUAAAGUGUAUUUGUAUUGUGAUCUCACAAUUGCUUCCUUUUUUCGAGAUAAAUACUCACAAUACUGCAAAGAAAAGCAGGUUCCGGCAGUAUCUGAAAGUAAAUUCAGAGAAAUUUUAGUAUCUGAAUUUAACGUAGGCUUCAAACUACCAAAAAGUGACACCUGUUCAAAAUGUGAUGGAUUUCUAAUUGCAAUAAGUAACCCAGAAUUAUGUGCAGAAGAAGUCACAGAAAAGAAACAACAAUAUGAACUGCAUCUCAAAAAGGCUGACAGAGGACAAAAUGUGAUUGCGUCUUUAACUGCUCUGGCUAAAGAAAAUUCGAAAGAGCAUCAUGUGAUAGCAAUGGAUAUGCAGCAAACAUUCCCCACACAUAAACUAACAGUAGGUCCAGCAUUUUACAAGAGGAAAAUAUGGACAUACAACUAUGGCAUCCACGACUGUGGAUCAAAUAAGGAUUAUAUGUUUCUGUGGAGCGUGGAAGAUGGAGGACGGGGUUCAGAUGAGGUUGGGAGCUGCUUAUUGAAGUACUUGGAGAUAACUAAUCCCCAGACAAAACAUCUCCACAUAAUCAUAGACAACUGCAAGGGUCAGACAAAGAAUUGGACUAUUAUUGCUUUGGAAAGGUCCCUUGUUGCUACCAAAAGAUUUGAUUCUGUCCAGCAUUACUUCCCUGUGGUAGGCCACACCAUGCUACCUUGCGAUCGUGAUUUUGGUUGCAUUGAACGGUAUGCAAGAAAAAGACGUCCAAUAGUGUACACUCCAGAUGAAUGGGCAGAAGUAAUCAAAUCUGCAAGUCCAAAACAUUUCAUUGUAACUAAAAUGGAAAGAGAAGACUUCAGAAGUUUGAAAAGCCUGAAGACAUUGACCUCAAAACGUACAGAAUCCACCUCUGGAAAUCCCCACCAUUUCAGUGAAGCUACUCAAUUUAAGUUUGAGUCUGAAGAUCCCUUCAAGCUAAGUGUAAAGCACUCUUAUUCAGACAUAGGAGCUUUCAUGUCAGUGGAUAUUCGUGUCAAAAAGAAAGGAAGGCUAGUUGAAUCAAAUCCAUAUCAGCUGCCAAUAAAGUACAGAAAGCCACUACCAAUUAACCAGAAAAAAACUGGUGAUGUACUGUCUCUUAUGCCAUACAUACCUGCAGCAAAACAAGAUUUCUUUCGGUCAUGUACUGGAAAUAACAUGUACAAUAAUGAGGUAGAGGAACUUCCUUGAUGUAACUGUAUACAUGAAAAAGUAAUUUAUACAUCUCAGAUACCUGAUAUGUAUAUAUUAAUGUGUAAAAAUUAUAUAUUCUGCUUGCUGUGUAAGAGUA